AUGCAGCAGCCGCGGUCCAAAGUGUCGUGGUCAGCAGCCAUCUUCUCUAUUUCACAUACUGUUCUCGGAUCUCUGGCAUUUAUUGUAGCACUCCUGACUUGUCUAUCGCUGCAUUAUCGUCGCGUCGUCAGGAACCAUGUUGCUGGCUACCCGGAAGAGUGGUGGCCAUCGGUGAGUGCAACGAUUGGAGACUGGUUUCCUGAGCGCAAUAUUUUCCAGAUCCUCUGUGCUGCUACUGCCGGAUUUCGACUUGCCAUGAUUGGUCUGUGUGGCGCACUUGCGUCGUACUCGUACAACCGUCCGUUAGGUGGUACCCUGCUAGGUGCCACUGGUGUUUUGCGUACAUUCUCAUGUGGCGGAUGGAUUUUCGUGACAUCGACAGAUCACUCACUCGUUCAUGAUAUCAUGAUGGGUGUGUAUAUCGGUUUGACACCCAUCUGGAUGGGUCUGUGUUUGACACAGCUUGAGCCGCGUGUGAAAAGUGAGGCAUACCGACGGGCCCAAACCCUUCGCACUGUAUCGGCAUUUCUUUUCUACGCCUGUACGCCUCUUAUGGUGUAUUUUUAUCGCAAGCAUCGCAUCGAUCGCAUCCCUGGCAUGUAUUCACGCUACGCUUUGCUUGAAUGGACUCUGGUGGCCAUGGACGUCCUGUUUGAUUCAGCGAGUGCGUGGGAUCUCUCCGUGAUCCAGGGUGAGGUUUCUUUCCCCCUUAUCAAGCACGAAAAGAGCGCAGCAGCUCCGAAAAAUCAAUCUUCUCCCGUUUGGCCUUGGACUGUGUCGCAGGCAUUUUUGGCAUUUACGGCAUGGUCGACAUGGUUCGGUCUCAUCCCCACCAUCUUUUAUUUUAGCGUGUCGAACAUGGCUGCUGAGGGCGUGGAGCUUUUCGUUCUGUCCCAAUGCGUCGGUAUUGCUCUUGUGGCUAUGACGCCUAUUGAACGGCUUGUCCGCGGCACACAUGCCAUGUCUAUUCGGCAUCCUCACCCAUGGAUCCUCGUAAGUGGUUGGGUCGCCUCGUUGUGUGGCGGUAUAGCCUCAUAUGCUCUUCAAAGUGCUUCAAUGCGCCUCACUGCGAGUGCCGGGGCCUGUGCGUUGCUGGCUGUGCUGACCGCCGUCGAUUGGUCACAUGCGUGGGAAACAGGGCGCUUGAACGAAUGCGUCGCAAUAUGGCUCGUGGGCUUGGUGGGAGCUUUGGUGGCGCGGUACGCCAACCAUGCGAAUCUGCCUACAUGGGUAUUCAUGGAUGCUACGAAUGGCGGAAGGCAUGUACUGGUACUGAGCAUCGCGAUUGUGUGUCUCGUUCCCCUCGUGGUACCAUCGCUGCGCCAGUUACCUACGCCUCAUGUGCGCCGCUCACCUUCGUCAUUCGGGUCAUUUAUAUUGGCGUCUGUUGCCCUUGGAACCUGGCUGAUCGAGAUACAAACGCUUCUCAGUGACUCGGGGACACUAAUUGCAUUCACCUGGGCAGGUUAUCCGGUCCGAGGUCCACAGGCUGUGCCUCAUGGCAUGUGGGUCGUGAGUGCCAUGGCUGUGAGUGUGACUCUCUCGAUGUGGUAUCCGUACACUGGAUCCAGUGUGCUGGCUAUUGCCCUGCAUGCCUUGGGUGUAUAUAUCGUACUGGUAUAUGAUCAUUGGCUGGGCUUUGCAGGUGGUCUGUGCAUCGCUUUGACCCUGCCUGCCAUGGCUAUGCCCCUGUUCCACAGCGCCCUUGCACAUCAUCCUCUGCGUGCUAUGGGCGUUGCAUGGCUCACUGCUACGUUUUUGGCCUUCCUGGGUGUGCUUACGACAGCUUAUGCCUUUUUGCCAGGUGCCUAUGUUAUGCGGGAGCACACGGGCGCCCUGUUGGGCAUUGAGACAGCGAUCCUGUCGUGGGGUCUGUGGCAUGCGCGCCGUGAAGGGGUGCGUGCUAGAAUCGCACAUGCAACGGGAGCUCGUUCUCGUCGUGCUAUGCGCACCUUGACUGCCCUGCUGGUGGCUUUGGUCGGUGCGGCGAGUGUCGUGCCGCUUGUCCGAUACGUGCCACCCUCGUCCAUCACGCCGCAUCACACUCCAGAUCGCAUACUUACCGCAGGAAUUUGGACGGUUCACUUUGGAUUCGACCAGCUGAUGCGUGACAGUACCCGGCGCAUGUCCUCGAUCCUUCGUACCAUGGAACUUGACAUUGUGGGCCUGCUGGAAACUGACCUCCACCGCCCAGCCUUUGGCAAUCGUGACCUGACCCAGUGGUUGGCCCAGGAUCUUCACAUGUAUGCAGACCUAGGGCCGAGUCCUAAGAAGCAUACGUGGGGCGCUGUGUUGCUGUCCAAGUUUCCGAUUAUUAACAGCACCCACCACCUCCUUCCUUCGCCGCAUGGAGAGUUAGCUCCAGCCAUUCAUGCUGUGCUGGAUAUUUGGGGUGUGCCCACGCAUGUUGUCGUCUCCCACAAUGGCCAGUUCGAAGAUAAGCUGGAUCGAGAGCUCCAGACUAAAGCUAUUGCGCGUAUUUUGAGCGAUGCAUACCCACAUCCAGCCAUCUUCCUUGGCUACGUUGUCACUAAGCCGCAUGCACCGCGGCCCGAGCCAUAUGACAUUUUGUUCUCUGAUGGUUUGAUCUUCGACGUGGAUCCUGACGAUAAAGAUCGAUGGUGUCAGUACCUCGGCUUCCGCGGCCUAGAGCGCGUAGGCUAUGCUCGUGUGUCGCGUUACACGGUAACAGACACCGAGCUGCAGACAUUCAAGCUCGCUGUGCCGGAUAGGCUCGAGCCGAAUCGUGACGUGCGUCCCUUCCGCGUCUCUGGUAGACACUUCAAGCCUGCGGCGUGGACAUACCCCCUAUCGCUCGUCCGGCCAGGUGUCCGUGUGAAUGAAACCCACAAGUACUCACCCUACAUUUACCCACAAUACUUUGAGUUCGAGGCCAGGCACUAA